UGGGCAACAGGAUACAGACGCGGGCAGGUCGGAUACUUGAGAAAGUAAGUACAUUGGGAGUGGUUAAGACGCAUAGGCUUCGCACACGAGAGUCUGAACUGGUUCCCGCGAGCCACCAGAUCAAGUGACACACGAGACAACUAACCUCACCUGAAGAAACUGUUUCGGAUAGUUGCUUCAGGUCUUUUGCCGAAAGGACGUUUAAUACUGGAAUAAAUCGGAUUCGAAGCAGUUAAUUCCUUACUUAUCAAAGGGGGACUGGGUCAAACAAUGUAAGUGUCUUCUUUGGCCAGCAGCAUCCGGGAGAAAUACAACAGGUGUAGCCUACCAACACAAGAUGAUCACCACCCCGUACCCCAUGCCCGGCUCUCCCAUGCCCGUGGGUCGCUGCGUUCCGUGCCCGGCGCCCCCACCCUGCUCCCCCUCCUCCUCCCCCCCUCCUCCGCCUGAUGGUGAUGGUGAUGGUGAUGGGGGGGUGAGGCUGCGGCUGCCCUCCGCACCCCCCCUCCUGGCCCCCAUGGACACCCUGCGCAGACACAGCUGGCAGCCGGGGGCACUGAUGAUGAUGGGGGACGCAGCCUGGGACCAGCGCAGCAGCUUGAGUCUUGAGAACCUGGACGCUGAGGAGGUGGAGAGACUGCUGUUCGGGGCCCUCGGGGGGCAUAGGGAGGAGGUGAGGCGUGGGGGGCGUGACCCGCGGCGGGACCCCAUCACCAGCUACACCCCGCGCCAGGUGGAGUCCCUCCUGUCACUCACCGAGGAGGAGGCGGGAUCACAGCCACAGGUCUUCACACCAUUGGAGGAGCAGGUUUGCCACAUGCAGAGCAUCAGUGCCUCUGCCCCCUCCCUCUGUGUGUCGGCCCCCAGCAGGAUGCCCCCCCACCACCACAACUCAGGCUCCUCUCUCCGAUCUGUCUACGGAGGGUCCACACAAAGUGUGGAUGCGGAGAGUGACCAGGGCUCUGUGUCGUGGGGGAGAGACGGCCGAGAGGCGGAGACGGAGGGCCAGGCUGCGGGCAGGAGAGAGGCGGAGUCGGACGGCCAAGGGGGACAAGAAGGGGACAAGACUGGCAGCCCCCUCGGACGCACGCUCAGCUUCCUGCGCAAGAUGGCCGGGAACCGCAAGAACAAAGAGAAGGAGCGCAUGAAGGAGCGAGAGAAGGAGGCGCGUGAGCGGGAGGCGCGCUACAGCAAUGGCCACCUCUUCACCUCCCUCACCGUCUCGGCCACCACGCUCUGCUCCGCGUGCAACAAGAGCAUCACCGCCAAGGAGGCACUCAGCUGUCCCACCUGCAACGUCACCAUCCACAACCGAUGUCGGGACACCCUGCCCAACUGCGCCAAAAUGAAACAAAAGCAGCAGAAGUUGGCCCUGGUGCGCAACUCCUCAGCACUUCAGAAUGUCGCCAUGCGCUCCAAAACUCCUAUGAUGAAGGAGAGGCCCAGCUCGGCCAUCUACCCCUCUGACAGCCUGAGGCAGUCGCUGCUGGGGGCCCGCAGGGUACGCUCCGGACUCUCCCUCGCCAAGAGCGUCUCCACCAAUAACAUCGCAGGGAACCUGAAUGAUGACUCGCCACUGGGCCUGCGGAGGAUCCUGUCUCAGUCCACAGACUCCCUCAACUUCAGGAACCGGGCCAUGUCCAUGGAGUCGCUCAACGACGAGGGCGAGUCGUUCAUCACGUCCAUGCUGGAGGAGCUUGAGCGGGACAGUAAGGAGCUGGAGAAGGACUCCUGGAGUACGGCCGUAGACUCCUCCUACCUCCAGACGCACCGCAAGGACGUCAUCAAACGACAGGACGUCAUCUACGAGUUGAUCCAGACAGAGCUCCACCACGUGCGUACGCUGCGCAUCAUGGAGGUGUUUCGCCGGGGCAUGCUGGAGGAGCUGAUGGUGGAGCCGGGGGUGGUGCACGCCAUCUUCCCCUGCCUGGACCGCCUGCUGGACCUGCACUCGCGCUUCUGCAACCAGCUGGUGAUGCGCAAGAACCACAGCCUGGCGCCCGGCAGCAGCAGCAACUUCACCAUCCACCAGCUAGGGGAUGUGCUGGUGGAGCAGUUUUCGGGUUCGAAUGCUGAUGAGAUGCGUAAGUCGUACGCUGAGUUCUGCAGCCGGCACCUGAAGGCCGUCAAGCUCUAUAAGGAACUGCUGACCAGAGACAAGAGGUUCCAACAGUUCAUACGGCGGGUGAGCCGAGGCCCUCUACUGCGUCGCCAUGGCGUCCAGGAAUGCAUCCUGCUGGUCACCCAGCGCAUCACCAAGUACCCCGUCCUCAUCCAGCGUAUCCUCGACAACACCAAAGGUAAUGAGGAGGAGGCUGAGUCUAUGGCCCAGGCGCUGACGAUGCUUCGUGAGCUGCUGAGUUCGGUGGACCAGCAGGUUCAGGAGUUGGAGCUGACCCAGAGGCUGCAGGAGAUCCGCUCGCGGCUGGACCCCCGCGCCGAGACAGAGGUGCGCGGAGGGGGCGUGUUCAGGGGGGCGGAGCUGCUCAGGAGACGGCUGGUGCACGAGGGGACGCUGCUCUGGAAGACCGCCAACUCACGGCUCAAAGACGUCCAGGUCCUGCUCAUGACGGAUAUCCUGGUGUUCAUGCAGGAGAAAGACCAGAAGUUCUUCUUCCCCUGUCUGGAUAAGCCGGCGGUGCUGUCGCUUCAGAACCUGAUCGUGCGGGACAUAGCCAAUCAGGAGCGAGGGAUGUUCCUGAUCAGCAGCUCUACGCCGCCAGAGAUGUACGAGCUGCACGCCGCCUCCAAGGACAACAGGAACACCUGGAUGAAGAUCAUACAACAGACCGUCGGCUGCUGUCCCUCCAGAGAAGACUUCCCCCUGAUCGAGACGGAGGACAAGGCCUUACUGCGCAGACUUAGAGCUGACAUCCAGCAGAAGGACCGUGAGGUGCUAGAGCUGCUGCAGGAGCGUGUGACCUUGUUCUGCGACCUUGCAGAGGUCACCAGCAGCCAGGAGGUCACGGUGCCUAACAACAGCAGGAACGUCUUCAGGGCCGACACGCCCCACGCACCGCAGGCAGAGAAGAUACUCACCGACGCCAUCUCAGAAGUGGACAGGUUGAGUGAGUUGCUGCUCGGCUCCAACAUUGAGGCGCCGCACUCUAGCAGUUCCAACGGUGACCAGAACCAUACGGGGGCGCCAGUGAGCAAUGGCGAUACAAUUUCAGUCAACGGCACGCACGAUGUAAACAGCACACAACAGAAGCAGGACAGAAAUGGUAACCAGCUGCAGAACAGGACCUCCAAUGAGGAGGUAUGUCAACGGCUGGUCAACCUGAGCACUCAGCUACAUGCACUACAGGCCGCAGUCAUCCGUCAGGACUCCCUCCUGGAGUUGAGUUCUCGUGAGGGCUUCGCGCCCGGCUCUACGCCCACCACCCCGGUGCCCUUACCCAGCAGCGGCCCGCCCGCCCGCCUCUGCCGCUCCAUGUCGCGCGACACGGGCAUGGACGCCAGCAGCCCCGGUUCUCUGUCGAGCAGCGGCUCCGUCAGUGGCGGUGGCGACUACGCGCUGCUCCAGAGGCAGAACAGCCUACUACAGGAAGAGGUGGGCCGGCUGAAGUCCGCCGAGGCGCGGCUGAAGGACAGUGAGAAGGCACGCGCUGAGCUGGAGCAGAAGCUGCGCGACUCCCAGGGAGGAGGAGGAGGAGGAGGUGGAGGAGGAGGUGGGGAGGGCGGCGUCUCAGAACAGAAGGAGGCUGAGGGCGACACCGUGGACACCGUGCCACAGCUGGCGACCUUGGCCCCGCUGGCGCCGCAGGAGGACCAGUACGAAGCGAGUGAUGAGGAGGAGAACUCACUGGAGACGGAGGACGAGGAGAUCCACAUCAGGCCACGCUCCGCCAGCCCUCGAGUCUCCACAGAUCUCCAAGACAUUCCAGAGGACGCCGAAGAGGAGAGAGAGGAGAAGGCAGCGGACUCGGAUCAAUACCAGUCUGAUCAGUACCAGUCGUCCUCAGACAUCCUCAAAGCCAUGGAGAAGACGCAAAGGAAUGGAGCCAGCGGUGGUCGCAAAUACAAAUUGAAAUAGCUGAAGGACUCCCUGUUGAUAUACUACGUACCUUAUCUAUGGCUUUAUCCUCUCUGGAACUAUGUAUGCUAUUGUAUCUUACAACAUUACUGUAUAAUUAAGUUGACAUGUCAUGUUUUUUUAUAUAUAUACAUAUAAUUAUGAAUUAACAUGUUACUUCUUGUCUAAAAGCAGACUUCCGCAGUAUUCCAUGAAGUUAUCGUUUCCAUCUACCCCGACACGAUUUUCCUCACGUAAAGAGGAAAUGUAUUUUGGUGGGGGUGGGGUGGGGGUUGUAAGUGGAUAUUGUUCCUGGAGAUAUGUUGAAAAAGCAAACAUAUCAAAAAAUGAAAGAAAGAAAAGGUAAAAUGCAAAAAAAUAAGCAGAAAACCUCACAACGCUAAGGUCCUCUUGAUGUAGUCUUUCUAAAAACAUUACCCUGAAGUGCUUUUUACAUGAAGUGUCCCCUCAGGUUGGAAUCUGGCCUGUGUGUGUGUGUGGUGGUGGGUGGAGAGGCAUAGCCUUCAUGGAUGCAGGAAUGAAGCUUUUGUACUGCAGUGGACUUUGUAUAUAAAUGGCCAGAUAAUGGAAGGCCACUCCUGGCGCCAGCUCUUGUUAACCACAAACACUUGAAGAAAAAAAAAAACUAAAACAAUUCCUGUGCUUUUCAAAAUGACCAAAAUAUUUUCAGCUAUUUUGUAUCUGAAAAAGGAGGAGGUCAGAGGCGGGGCAAUGACUUUGGUUUUUCGCUGAAGGAGAGACCUGGUUUUUUUAGUACUCAAGAAGACAAACCAAAGUCAUUGGCCGUGUUUUCGACAGGGAUUUUUUUGAAGAAAAAAAAGCAAUGGGGUCAAAGACGUCUUUGUCAUUCAGGGUUACGGACACCUUCCGCUGACUGUAACUGCAAAAAAAACGUGAUUUUUAAAUUGUUUCAAGUGAAUGGAUGACAGCCAAGGCUUUCAUGAAUUCCCUGUACCAAUAAAUAAAUAAAAAGUCGUGUUUUUACAGUUACAGUCAGCAGAAGGCAUCCGUUACACUGAAUGACAAUGCCAUUUUGCACGUCUUUGACCCAAUGAAGACAUUUCAACUAGCAAAAAACUUGACAUGACCAACUUGACUGAUUUUCAGUGUGUGCAGUAGAUCUGGACCACUGGCGUUGAACCUCAGCAUGGAAUGAAGUCGUUUUGAUGUAGCAGGUUAACGUUCCGCUGUAUUUUUUGUAAAGUUAGUUUUUGAUGUGAGACUCUCUUGGUCUUCUCUGCUGUAGCAGGAGAACGCAGUCUACUAUCCUCAGUCUUAAAUACCAGACCAAAAUUUGUCAGAGGAUAGAAUUUAAAACCGAAUGUCCCAAAUUAAAAUGUUCUCUCAAACAUUUUUUUGACAUUGUUAUACUGGAAAUUAGUGUAGAAAGUACACAAUAGAAGUGUAUUUGAAAGAUGCUUACUUUAUGGCACACAAAAAAAUGAGAAACUACAGUAGUGUUUCCCACUCUAUAUUAUAUUAUAUAUAAGUCUUUGUCUGUAUAAACAUUUGAAUUGUCAUGGGGAAAAAAGAUUUUGUGGACUUUUUAAACUGUGAUGUAAUUUUUAUUUGUUUUUAUUUUUGUUUUUAUCUGACUUACAAGCUCUUACGUCUUGUUCAUAAAUAUUGCUUAAAUUAUUUGUCUUGUCUGGCAUUUUUCUUGCAUGCUCCACAGCACCAAGUCAGUCUUAAAAAAGUACUUUUUUAUGUUUAAAAAAAAAUCAAACGUUUUUUUGUUUAUUUCAAAAGGGUUGUUUGUCUAAAGAACAAGGCUACCUAAAUGACGACUCACUCUUCAACUUAAAAAAGUAAUAAUUGAUGAUGAUAAUAAAGAAG